ACUCGCCAGUGUUCACGUGGUCGCCGUGGAGAGCGUUACCUCCUCGCACUAUAUAAAGCAGAGCUGAUCCCAGAGCUCGUCAGUAUGUUGCAGGACCGCCAAGUGACAACAUAUUCCGUCUCUUCUGUGAACACUUACACCAGGGUUAUGCAACAGUAAACAAACAGUCCCCCGUCCAGAAACUAAAGGAACGAACGCCCCUGAGACGCAGAACCAUUCCUUGUGUCCCAGUACCGCCAGAGGACAACAUAAGGAAGAGUACUCCGUGCCUGAACACCCCGAGUCUGUAGAGGAAAGGGGAGAUAAGUCUUAGCAUCAUGGGGCGUGUUGUGAGAGCAUAUAUAAUCUCCAUAGUGGCGAUAACGCUGACCGUGAGAGCCUUGCCACAAGUCGACAUAGACCCCGUCAAGAUCUAUUUCCCGAAAGACAUAGAUGAACUGAAAGAAGCCAUCAAAAACCACUGUCAGAACAAUGGCUGCCCCGACAACAACAACAAUAGACCCUCCAACUGCCAGGUGGUCCCUGGGGCCGACACUGUACUCAGGGACAUAGUGGACGUAAGAACUCGCUCAAGAAGAUGCAACUCUCUAGCGGGCCAGGUGUGGUGGGAAGACAUUAAGGACUGCAUCCAACUCCUUUCCCAAGGGCCCUGCGCACAAGGCUACUGGGUGGUACUCGACAAGUCUAACUUGGCGGUAAAGUGUGACCGUGUACCGUGCGGGGAGGAACAGGUGACGACGAGAAGCGGACAGUGUAUCAGCACCAGGGCUCAGAGACUCUGCCCCAGUACACAGGAGAUGAUCAACAACGAGUUCGGGGAGGGUGAGUGUGAGUGUGGCCCUGGCAUGGUGUACUACAACCUCACCGGCACCUGUUACCCCCCCUACUCUCAGGGUCCCUGCCUCGCCGGCCAAAUAAUUAAGGUCAUAGACGAAGGCAACAGUGGACAUGCUGAGUGCGUGCCCAACCAGUGCUCCUCACCCGACAUGGCCAUGGUGGACAAACAGUGUCAUCUACAAAACAGGGCGAGCAGUGACACCAGUUGCUACACCAUUGACACCCAGGGGCCUUGUUCUCCUGGUAACCUCUUCUCUAUGGACGUCAUCUUCUCGGAGCCCAUGUGCGUCACUCCCCACGCUAUCCUGAAUCUACCUAACGUCUCCAGAUGCAGCAGAGGGUCUAUCAAGGACUUCAGGGGGCGUUGUCGUCGCGAUUUGUCCCAGGUAAAUAUGAGACCGGGAGCCAACAGACGACAAUGCCCUCCUGGAGAGAGCUUCUUCGGUGGCUUCUGCAUCAAACAAUCCCAAGGACGCUGAUCGCCCCCCCCCCCCAAAUCUAUUACCUCCACUGAUUAUUACCCAGGACCGAAUGCCUCUCUUCAAAACACAACAACCACUUCCAAAACUCAUUGCCACGCCCAGCCUCCCACAAGAAUAACAUGAACCCAUUGUGACAUUAGUGUGUGUGUUAUGAGAGCUACUGUUCGAGUGCAUCUUCUAACCUCACAGUGAAUAACAACUUUAUGUGCAUCCAAACAUUGUGUACAUUAAAGGAAAAAAACUUGAAUGUUGAUGUACUGGAGGAGAGUACAGUACAUCCAGUUGUGCAAUAGAAACAGUGUACAGCCAGAGUUCGUGUACUGUACAGGUAGAACAAUGUUGCUGCCGGGGUACUGAAAUUGUCCAGUUCGCUAUUACUGUAUUUACCGCAAUAAGGCAAAUAAUUCAACGGACCAUUACGACAUUUAUAAAAAGAAAGGAAUAAAAAUGUGGUGAUCCCCCCCCUAAUGUGUGAACAAGGUUAACAACACACGAAGAACAAAAAAUAAUGUUAAAUUAAUCGUCCUUAGUCAUUUUUUAUGUGCGAAAACUGUAAUAACACACCUAUGCAGUGUUACCAGACAGGACUAUGCUUCCAUCCCAGCUCUUAACGCUUUUUACUCGGGUGUUGAUUACAGACCCAAGCCCUGGUUUAGCCUGCACGACGCGACGGUCAGGAAGUAAACAAAGUAGAGAAGGCUACGAUACUUAACUUUGUGGUUCAGUUUAGGUGUGGUUGGUAAGUUGCUGCUGUGUGAAAUAGUUUAUAUUGAGGCAAGGUAGCCAUCAUGAGUUGGUUUAUCGACAGUAGUGAGGACAGUUUAAUAUUUGUUAGUUACUGAUUUGUAUUCACCUUGGCACACUGCGAGUCAGUGCCGGCUUACUAAGAUUAAAUCUGUCCCAUGAGCAAAGGUCCUUUAUUCUGUACACGGCUACCACACACUUGGCUCUCUCGGUAACAAAUAAACCCAUAUUAACCAAACCUAACUUAUCCUAAUCAAACUAGGAUCACCUAAAGAACCUCCACCCCAGCUUAUUUCACCUAAAGAUUAACACGCUAACCUAACCCCCCUUCAAACAGAGUUACUACGGUUGUUAAAUCUUUAAGUGAAAUAAGUGAUCCUAAAGCAAAUCUAACUUAACUACUCCAAAUAUACCGAGGCGGGUUUGGGUCGGUAGUCAUAGCCUAUACGGAAACUACACACACCUAUAGCCCAAGUAACUUAGCCAGACGAACGCUCCUCCGCCCGCUACCUACCCUGGCGCUCUAUGUCGUACAGGGGGGGUAAUGCUUUAGAUAGCUGUUAAUCAAACUCGACUUAGUUGUUUAGUUUGUGUAUUUACAAAACAAUAAAGAUUCUGUGAUAAUGUA